AGCCGGCGGGCAGUCAGUCUGGCGGCCGACCUUGCGCAGGGAGGCCGGUCCGUGCGUGUCCGCGUGAGUGUGCGUUUCGGUGCGUGGGGCCGAGCAAUGGCCCUGCGUGCUGCGGCCGGUUGCAGCUGUCUGUGCCGUCGUCACCUAUUUUCCAAUCGCGUUGCUGGUGCUUAACGACCGUGUCGACAGAGUGAAAGUGACGGGGACAGUGAGGCCGUGUGUUUUAAGUGAAUGAGCGCCAAAAAGUUUGUUGCUUUCAAGUGCGUGUUGUUAAUGGUAAUUCAUGUUUUUCAUGCAAAUAUAGUGCUGUCUAAUUUUCUCCAAGCUACGUAAAGUUGUCUGAAUUUUGCUGGAUCGUGUAAUAGCUCACGUAAAGUACCUGUUGCGCCGCGGCGAGGAUAGAGCGAUUGUCAGAUGUUGCAGUAUCGUUUCGUAUUUACAGACUAUUUCGCAGUUUUGUUUCUCUUUAAAUUGAUAAAGAAUUCAGCUCUGCUUGCUAAGAUUGUGGACUGUCCAUUCCUGGAACACUAUUAUCUUCUGUUCGUGAGAAACGAUACUUGCGUUGCUCAUUUUCCCGUGCCGAUAUUGUAUCAAGGUAUAUUAACGUCCUGUUUUUAAACACUGCAAGUUCCACACAUGCGUUUUUAAUUCGCGGUCGAAGGAGAUUUCAGAGUAACCUGCGCAGAUCUGGAGUUCGUGCUGCGGCGAGAGACAGGAAUGGUAGCGGAUACCGGAAGUGGAAGUGAGCGCUGUCAUCGGUCCGCGUAAGCGAUGAAUGGACGCAGUAGAUAGCGAGAUUUCCUGCCGGGCAGUGUUCGUCCGUCGCUGAAGAUGUACGCCGUCCCUUCGCAGUUCUUAAGCGUGGACGGCGCGAACAGUGUUUCUACAGUGACUUGGCACACAGCGUAAGCAGAGCAAAGUAGCUGUCGAGUGAGUGUGUUUUCGUACAGACGAGAGUGCAAGCAUAGGUUGUGUGAAGUGCUUCCAUGUUGGCUAUACAUUUCGUUCAGACUGAACUGUGUGUGCGUGCUUCCAUUUAAUUAGUGGUGUCUGGAAGGAGAGUUGUGACCUAUACCCAAUUGGAAGAGGCUUGUGUAAAUUAUAAAUCAGAUAUCGCGCCGCUGAGUCACACGUUUGUUCUGGGGGCGUACACGCAACUUCGGACCGCAUCGCGUGAGUGACGGUCAGUGAAGUAACAUCUGUGGUGGUGGGGGUAGACACCGGACAAACGGUCGCGCCGCUACGGUGUCUGCGCCCGCGGCUGAAGGGGGUGGACGAUGUCUGCAUCGGCUUCGGAAUCAGAGGAGCAAGGCGAGCAGGAGCUGGCGCUGGACCUGUGGCAGGGCCAGUUCGAGUUCGUAGGCGAGGCUUACGGGCAGGCGCCCGGCUACGACGACGACGAAGACGAGGGCGUCGACGACGCGCCGCCGCUGCCGCCGUUCCAGCCGCCGCCGCUGAACGGCGUUCGCAAGAGCGCCGCGCACGCCUGGUGCCAGGAUCUCUCGCACCAAGUGAGUCCGCGCUCUCCCUCUCCUCCUUCCGUUUCUUCUGCUUCUCCUCCUCCUCCUCCUCCGCGUCUUUCUCUCUCUGCGCCGCGCCAGUGCUUCACCUGUCGGACCACCACCUGCGACACUGCGCAGAAACAUGUGGUGAAUGGGACACUGAUGCGGGAGCGCUGUCGUUCUCUCCUCCACAAAUCACCGGUAGAUCUCAGCCCCGAGGCGCAGCAGCUACCGGAGGUCCAGAUGCUGCAGCAGCAGGUAAACGUGCUGGCGGACAACCAGACCAACACGGAUGACCGCUACACGCGCGCCAAACAGGACAGCGCCGCCCUCCAGGCCAGGGUCCUGAUGUUAGAGGAGCAAGUCCGUGAGGCAGAGCUGAGGGCAGAGGAGCGGCUGCAGGAGGAGCAGCGGCGGCACCGCGAGCUGAUGGUGCGCGUCGAGCGCGAGAAGCAGCUCCAGGUCGAGAACUGCACGAUUAGGCUGCAGACACUGGAGUUGGAGGCAGCCAGUCUACGUGAGGAGGUGACGCGACUGCGAGCCCAGACGGACCGCCUCCGAAACGAGAAGCAGGACAUGGAGGAGCAGCUGGCUGAGGCGCAGUGUGCCAUGUCUGCUCUGAGGGAGGAUGCAGAGCGCUUGCAGGAAGCUGAGCGCCGGCUGCGUGAGGAAGCAACACGCGAGAGCCACGCCAACGCACAGGUUGUUGAGGAACUAAGCCGCGAAUUGGAAGUGCUCAGACAAGAACAGCUUGAGAGGUCAGAGAUGGGAGAUACAUCCAGGAGUCUGAGCCAUUCUCAGCAAGAAGAAGAACUCGCACAGCAAUUGUGUGAACUGCAAGCUGAACUCUCUGUACUGCGACAACAAAAUAAAAGUCUGCAGGAAAGCAAUGAAGAACUGCAGGCUCAGAUGCUGACACGAAGCCUCGAAGAGGGUAGAACCCUUCUCACAAAUGGUGCUGGUGCGGGAAACAGUCUCGCAGCAGAACUGGAAGCCAUGUCGCAGGAUGAGCUAAAUGCUGACGCUUCGGACAACCUCUCUUUAGAACAGAUGAGGACAGCACUGAAAGAACAGCAGGAAGUCAAUGCACAGCUACGAACAUAUAUUGAUGGAAUAUUGCUGAAUAUUGUGGAAAAUUAUCCUCAGCUGCUGGAAGUCAAAACACACUGAAGUUGGAAUGUGGGAAUAGAGAGGAAUGGAAUGCAACUGAAAAUGUGUCAAUGUCAAGUUGUUGUUGUGCAGUUUGUGCUGUCAAGACAACACAGAAGUAAGUGUUUGCAAGGUGAUAAGGCAUUAAAGUGCUGGAACACCCAAUAUCGAAAGUGAAUAUGUUCAUUUACAAUGUAUAGCAAUUCUUGUUCGAAUAACUGUUGUUUUAUGCCAAAAUCUGCAUUAUGCAAAACAUCAUGCAUGCAAACAGAUAUACCAGACAAGUGUGUACUGGGGAAAACUUAUAUUGAAACACACAUUAUGCAAAGUUACAUCCCAGGGUCUCACUACUAUGUGCAGGUAAUGAUCAGAUUAAAAUAAGUAUUAAUCUGAUACCAUUGCCAUUUUUGUUACUAAGUCUGGCACUGUUAACACAAAUUAUUAUCCAGACUUGCUUAACAAAACAUUAUCAAUAUAAUGCAUAUGAUAGUUCCUUUGAACAAAGGAGGUAGCAGCUACUGAAAAUCUUUUCUGCAGAAUUGUUAUGACAAAGGCAUAUUUUUAAAACAGCCAUAUAGUUGUGGAUAACAGUUAAUGCUUAAAUCAAAAUAAGUGAAUAUUUUGAAAAUGUAAAUAUCUAACAUUUAUGCUGUUUCUUUCCACAUUGUUUUUGUUAAUGUUUGUAAAUGAUUUAAAUGUGUUAAAGUAUUGUUAUAUAGCUAAAAGUAUAUUGGAUCCGUCCGAGAGUGCCUGUAUCAGGCUGUGAAGAAAUGUGAAGUGCAAUGGAAAUGACUGAGUUUAGACUUGCAAUUCAAGAAAUGUUUGCUACUUAAAUUGUUUCACACAAGUGAAUUCUUUCCAGAUAACAUCACUGGAAACCAGAUCCGAACAGUUAAAAUUGACUGUACUUUGCUACAUGAUAAAAUAUUUUAAGACUCGAUUUGCAUCCUACCACGUAUCUUUGGAGUUACUAUGAAAAAUGUAAUCUUAAAGGUAGUUUUACAGAGAUUAACUCAUUUUUGUCGAGCUGGUAUUGAAUUUGUAUUAUGAAUGAAGAGCAUGUUCCUGCACUGGUGUGAUUUGUUGUACAUUUGCUGUUCAACAAUGGUCAAAUCUGUCAUUGUUAAGCUCUAAAAAGUAUAUACGCUGAGAACACUGGCAAUGUUGACUAAAUAAACUGAUAUUUGUUUAAAUGUAGUGUGGAUAGAUAAAUCUGUGAAUCUCCUUCAUUCAGUUGAAAUUUUGGUACUUUAAAUGGGAGAUUUAUUUAAGCUGUGAUGAAGGCAUUAUAUAUGAAAAAAUUUGCAGAUUAAUUAGUUAUUGCCUGAAUUUUACAAAUUACUAAUUUUUGUGUGUUUAGCCCCCUUCCCCAUUCCCUUUCCCUCUCAAAUAAUGUGCAUCUUUUUCUAUCAUUUCAUAUGUGCAGAGGCUCAUGAUACAUUCAAUGGCUUGUCUUUUGUGUAUAAUUAUGCCGAAGUCAAAGGGACUAUUGUAUAUAAAAUGUUAUUUUUGUGUAUUCUGACUGAAAUACAUACAUUGAAGUUAU